ACUCGUGGUUGGAAGUGAUAGCAAUGCUUCCAUCUGCAUCACAAUAGGAUCGGGAAUUUAAUCAGUUUUAUUCCGAAAAAAGUGAAAAUGGCAAAAAAUUUCGCAGGCACUGUGUCGAUUCUUCUCUUUUCUUUCUUAGGAGAAUCAAUGAUUGCGGCAAAUGAUACCAAGCCGCAUAUAAUUAUUAUCGUUGCCGAUGAUUUGGGUUGGAAUGACGUCGGUUUCCACGGAUCUAAUCAGAUCCCAACCCCGAAUAUCGACGCUCUUGCUUACAAUGGUGUUAUUCUGAACAAUCAUUAUACUGGUGCGGUAUGCACUCCGAGCAGAGCAGCAUUGUUAACGGGAAAAUCUCCUAUUAAUCUUGGAAUGCAACACUUGGCUCUCGGGGCAACGGAACCGAGAGGCCUUCCACUGACUGAAAAAUUACUGCCUCAAUAUCUAAAGGAAGGAGGAUAUACCACCCACAUCGUUGGAAAAUGGCACUUGGGAUUCUAUAAAAAAGAAUACACUCCAACGUUUCGAGGUUUCGAUUCUCAUUUCGGUUACUGGAGUGGGCAUCAGGAUUACUAUAAUCAUGAGUUCGAGUCAUCUGAUAAUUAUCGUGGUUACGAUAUGAGAAGAAAUAUGUCAGUUUCAUACGAAACUAAAAAUCGCUACUCCACAGAUCUUUAUACAGAAGAAACCGUUCGAUUAAUUGACACUCAUGAUAAAACUACCCCAAUGUUCAUAUAUCUUGCACAUGCUGCUGUGCACAGUGGAAAUUCAGAGAAUCUUUUGCAAGCACCGGAUGAAGAAGUAGUGAAGUUCUUCUACAUCAGUGACCCGGAAAGGAGAAAAUACGCAGCAAUGGUAUCUAAGUUGGAUCAGAGUGUGGGUGAAGUUGUGGCAGCUCUCCGUAGAAGAGAAAUGCUGCCGAAUAGUAUCAUUCUAUUUGUGGCUGAUAAUGGAGCCCCCACGUUCGGUCCUCAUCACAAUGCUGGGAGUAAUUACCCUCUACGUGGGAUGAAGACGACUGCUUGGGAAGGUGCAGUCCAUUGCGUUGCAGCUAUUUGGAGUCCGCUAAUAAAUCAAGCUCAAAGAGUAAGCGAUCAACUCUUUCAUAUGUCAGACUGGCUUCCCACAUUGCUGUCCGCGGCUGGAAUCAAUACAACACUACCAACUCUCGAUGGCUUUGAUAUGUGGCCGACAAUAGUUGACAACGAAGAAGCCCCACGUACUGAAGUUCUAAUAAACAUCGACGAGAUAUCUAAUUACUCGGCGAUAAGAAGUGGUAAUUUUAAAUACCUCGUCGGAUAUCCAGGACGUGUUACCGGUUGGUACGGAAAUUUGAGUGCAUCAAAUGACAUCGAUUUGAAUUAUCAACCAGAGAAUGUCCUGAGGUCCAAAGCUGGAGCUGCGAUGAUUGGAUUAACAACAGAGAGACAGCUUUCGAAUUCUAGUAAUAAUGUUAAAGUUCUGACGCCUAGUAAAAUCAAUCGCCUCAGAUCUGAGGCAACGCUUUACUGUAAUGUGGCAGAGAACCAAAUGAUUGCUUGUGAUCCGACUGUGGCCCCCUGUCUCUUCAAUCUUGAAGAAGAUCCCUGUGAAAUGAUAAAUAUCAUAGACAUGCACCCGGAAAUUGUUCAAAUGUUGGAGGAAUCCCUUGAGAAGCAUAAAAGCACUGCGCUCCCGGCUGCGAAUAUACCUGGAGAUAUUGAAGGAGAUCCAGUUAAAUGGAAGAGUCUCUGGGUUAAUUGGCAAGACCCGAAGCCUGCGAUGACACCCUUCAUCACUCCCAAAACUGAGACAAAUUCAGCUUCCUCGAGCACAACAAUCAUUGCAAUUUUGGGAUGUAUUCUAAUUUGCGCUGUAGCUAUUAUAAUUAUUCUAAUGAUUAAGAAUCGUAGAAAAAGUUUGAACAGCAGAAACAAUCAUAUUGACAUAUCAAAUGUUGAUGAGCUCAAAGGUUCCCAUCUAAAUAGAUCGAGCUGGACAAUGCCACUGGAAACCCAGCCGCUCCACCUCAAUACUCCCUAAGGUCUUAGAGAAAUAAGUUUUUAUUACAUUAGGUAUUUAGUUAUUAGGUGUGUGACUUAAUUUUUACAGAUUUUUUC